AGCUGGGAUAGGCACUCCAGCACUCCCCGUGACCGUCGUGAGGAUAAGCGGCAAAGAAAAUGGAUGGAUGGAUGUUUUACAGAAGCAGCUGUACUUCUACGAAAAUAUGUGUAUGAUUACGACUUCUGCAGGAUCCUGAAGCAGAGAAAUGUGAGCCUUGGCAGUAUCCCCAUGACAACAACACCACACAACUGGUUCAAGCAGGUUGCACAGGAGACGGUGUCGCCACCAAUAGCGUACCUGUAGUCAUAUUACCUGCCACUUCCCAUUUUAAAAAGAAUAAAAUGCACAGGAAGAAAGUCGUCAAAGUGAAAAAGACAAAAACCGGGAGAGGAAAGAAGAGUGGAAAGCGGGAGCGCAAAACGGACAAAGACUUUGACUUGGAUAAGGCCAAAGCUAACGUUGUCCUUUGGGAGCUAAGGCUACGGCUAACCGAGCAGACUCUCGCGGAAUAUCGCGAGAGCUGCGGUCGUCUGGCACGCGCCAAUGUCCAACUCAGCAACAAGUUGGCAAACACGGAGCGGGAAAUCCUGGACGCCACCGCCCACUGGGAGAGGCAGGAUGCCGCUAAAAAUGACAAAAUUAAUCUGCUUCAUGACAUGCUCAAAAGUCAAGAGGCGCUAGCUCUUGAGCAGCAGAACAAACUGGUUGAACGUUACACGCUUGAAAUCAAUGAGAUGAGGGAGCUGUUCAGAAAGCGAGCCGGUGAGUUUGAGAUGACACAGGAUGGACUCAGGAAGAUUGAGGAGUUCCAGACGACGAAAGAACAGAUGGAGCAGGAGCUCAUAGAAAUCCGAAAAGGCAUGGAACUCGCUGAGAAGGAAAACAGGGACAACCGGAACAUGAUGGAGUACAGAUUCUUUAAAGAAAAGGCUCAACUGGAGAGGGAAGCUGAGCAGUUGAUAGCUCAGAUGGAGGAGCAAGCCCACCAUGAAGCUCUUUUACAGCUGGACGACGCCUCACGCUGUGUGUUCAAGGAGAACGUCGGUCUCAACGAGACAUUGAAGCACCACAUGAAGGAAGCAGAGGAGCUGCACAAACUGGCAAAUUCGUUGACCAAGAAAAACACGUCCCUGGCAAUGGACAAGACACUGGAGAUGCUGGCAAAGAAAAAUACAGCCCAAAUGUUAGCUCAAAAACAAGAGUUGGCCCAUUUGAAAAAAAAAGUUGCUUCCUUGGAGCAAACAGUGGAGGAUAAAAGAGCGGAACAAGAGUGUUGUCAAGAGAAGAUGUUGCUUAGUUCCCAGGCCACCGAGGCAGAGUUAGAGAAGCUGCAGCUGGUGCUCACUAUGCGAGAGAAGGAACUGAAGCAGAUCAAGAGGCUAGCUAGUGCCAUUGUGGAGCAGCGCAGCGAGCUGGAGCGCUUCUUCCACGAGGCGCUAGCCCAGGUGAAGGAAGAGAUAGCGGCCAGAGGCCUGAAAUACAAGGAGGAGGCGCAGCGGGCUUAUCGGCGGGCAUUCAAAGAGGCCACAGCGGGAAGGAUCAGUUUCCCACCUAUCUGCACCUUCAAGAACACUCCCCACAGCACCAACUCUGUCUACUCGGACAUUGAGAAGGCCGCAAGGCGGAUGCAUCAACCAGGACGUAAAGCAGACAUUUCAGACCUCAGUUGGGAACAAAAGGAGCAGGUUCUCAGACUCCUGUUUGCCCAAAUGAAUAAACAAAGGCCAAGGAGAGCCAACAAUCUGGUGGCGUCCUCAUCUGACUGUCGUAUCGCCGGAGAGAAGCCCUGCACCCCAUCGACCUUGACUGACUCUCCCCUAGCCACCGACACCAACUGCCUGGCGGAGAGCCGCACCGUAUGAACUCUUUGUGGCCUUCUUGUCCAUCAGUAAGCUUUUGAUUGGUAGUCUCACAUUUGCAUGGAUUGGAAAUUGUUAAUAUCACUGUAA